AUGCAGAACGACAACUCCCCGCAGGUGAUACGCGUUGAUGACCAGACGAUGCUCCGCGACGUGUACCGCCUCCUUCUCGACAACACCCGCAGCACGGCGGAGUUACUCGAGCAGGUGGGAAGCACCACGCUUCCCUCCCCGGGGAAGUCCCAGGAGUUUGCCAGCAAGCGUGUGACAAUAUCUGAGGAGGUCACCGUGUUUCAUGACGCCGCCAUGGAGGAGCUGAACCUUCCACCGGCGCUGACGCUCUUGUACUACGCUGCCAUGGCGGAGGCCCCAGUGAGGGCAGUGAACAGCCUCCUGCAACUGGUGGAACUGGCCGGCGAGCCGAUCCAGACUUUCGCGCGCGGCAAUCUACUGUACGAGGAGGGGAUGCAACAGCGGCAGAGCAGUGUGAAGUGGCGGGAGGAGCAGCAGCGGCAGCAGGAGGAGGCAGAGAUGCGGGAGUGCACCUUCAAACCAGCGAUAUCAGAUUUCGCGAAGGAGGUUGUCCCCAAGGGGCUGGCGACUUUUAUGGAGAAGUGCCUGGUGUGGAAAAAGAUGACAGCGUUGCGGCUGGAAAAGAAGGCUGUGCAGGAUCGCAUUAACCGCGGAGAGGACGAGUGGUUAACACCGUGGAAAAUGGGUGAGCGCAGUCGGAAAUUACUCGAGGAGCUCAAAAAGAAGGGCAAGAGGCGGCGCAAGUUGUGGGAGCCUAAAAAUCCAAACUGUUCCACUGCCACUGCAGCGGAUGCCGCUGAGCAUCUCGAGUCGGAUGCGUUGGAGACGCCUUAUUUUCACCCGGUGACCCGUGCGUCUGCCGACGAGACACUCAGCAGGCUGCAACACGUUGGUGCGGGUGACGUGGCGGACACAACAAGGACGAGUGAGAAGUGUGAACGAGACGGGCGCAGUCUGCUUCGGGCGUACCUCCAGCGCGUUGAAGCAGACAAGGUGCGUCGCGAGCAAAGACUUGAGCGGCUGCGCACCUACUACGCUGGCAAGACGAGGGAGCAGGAGUAUGGGGCGAAGGCAGACCAGCCCCUUUUUGAGCCAAAUGCUCUGCCAACCAUGUUGAAGAAAGGCGUCCGUGUCAGCUUUAAUGAACUUGACAGGAAAGAACGGCGGGAGCUACUGAGAGAAUUACGGCUCCGGCGCCAGGAGUACAUACUGGCACGGUAUUUCCGUGAGGAGCGUCAGAGAAGUGAGGGGAAGCAGCGUCCGCGUGGGCCUGACGAGGUGGUAGCCGAUCUACUGGACGAGACGAAGCGGCGCCAACGUUGUGCUGAGGACGCAGUCAUCUCCGAAAAGGCAUUUCGCCCAAAAAUAUGCGCACGCACAAGAAGUAUAAUUUCUCGAAAGCUUUGGCAGCCUAUAUAUGAAAGACCUUUGCCGAAACGACCAUUGCAGUCGUCGGAGGCCCUCUCCUCCUGUUCACCAAAGUCGUCUGACGCGUGUUUUCAGCGCGUGUUGGCCCGUUCAGAGAAUUGGGUUGAGCAGCGCAAUCAGCGCAUGCAGAGCGCGCGUCUGGCUAUGGAGGAGAAGGUGGCGGCCGAGUGUAGUUUUCACCCAAACCUGGAUGGCAGUUUUGAUGCAUUAUCGAUCGGUGACGAUUCCGUGCAUUGGCGUAUCGUUGACUCCGAUGCUCUGGUGGCGAAUGCCGAGGCCCGAACGUACACAGAGUUGGGGCUUCUGCGAUCGCAGGCGGCGCUACACGACGCGGAGUUCAUCCGUAACGUACGCGAGCCCCUUUCCGCGGUAACGUUGACGAGUGCCCCGAGGCCCUCUCGGAGCAGUGUGGAGCGGUACGCGCUAAGCGUGUCGGCGCCCGAGUUUCCGGAGUACUCCUGCGGUGACUCAUAUCGGCGUUGCGGGAUGGGCUGCGGCAUCACCCUCACCGCUGACGGCAGCGGUGAUGCGCACAGCGGCCACGAUGAGGAGGGGGACUUUUGCACCGCCCAGAAUGACAUGCAGGAGUUCACCAACGCAUGGGCCUUGCUGGACGCGCAGACGGACACCAUACUGCGGAGCUGCAUGUAUUACUGA